AUGAGCAAUCGCAGAAUCGUUGUAUCCAUAGAUUUUGGAACGACAUACUCAGGUGUCGCUUGGGCUGACACAACUCGGCCUGAUGUUCAACAUGUCUUGACAGAAUGGCCCUCAGCCGGCUCGUCGAAGAGCAGUCCCAAAGUACCAACUGAGCUCCGAAGAGUGGCGACUGGGUGGCAGUGGGGAUUUCAGAUUCCCGAGUCUGCGAAGAGGAUCAGAAAGCUGGAUGAUCCAGCCCAGAUCACCAAGGAUGGAGAAUCAGCAAAAGACCUGACCAAGGUCUAUCUAUCAUGCCUCCAUGAGCAUUUCGUCAGCCUACUUGAAAAGAGACUAUCGUCGAGCGUGGUAAAAUCAACACCCAUGGACUUUGUCGUCACAGUCCCCGCUAUUUGGUCACCAAAAGCAAAGCAAUCGACGGAGCAGGCCGCAGCCAUGGCAGGAUUUUGUGGUAAUCAGAGGAUCCAGCUCAUAUCAGAACCAGAGGCAGCCGCUUUAUACACCCUCAAGACCCUUAGCCCCUCUACAUUACAAGUAGGUCGAAAAUUUGUUGUUUGCGAUGCGGGAGGCGGUACCGUUGACUUGAUCUCUUAUCAAGUAACCAAAAUAGGCAGAGUUGAAGUAAAAGAAGUCACCGAGGGUACAGGCGGGAAGUGCGGUUCGUCCAUGCUGAAUAUGCGCUUUCGUCGGCAUCUGAAACAAACUCAUGGAGACAAGUACUGGACUGAUGAGAGACUCGUAACAGCUUUGAGUGAGUUCGAGUCGUUCAAGAAGACCUUUUCUCCAAAGGGCGAACCUUUGACUCUCAAAGUCGAUCCCAGUCUUGGUUUACGACGGAACCGAUACACUAUGACGCAAGACGACAUGAAAACCAAAAUCUUUGAGCCCAUCAUGAAAGAUGUCGUGUGUCUUAUCAAGGAACAGAUCAAGAUGGCGGGAGAUGGUGUCGCCGCUGUGAUUAUGGUUGGAGGAUUCGGGCAAAGUCGAUAUUUGAAGUCACGCGUACGUGAUGCAAUAUCCAGCCGAACAGAUGUUCUUCAACCAGAAAGUGGCUGGACGGCGGUGGUAAAAGGUGCCGCAAUGCAUGGGCUCAGUCGAUAUCAGCCCGCAGGCACCCGGGUGGAAGUUGCAUCUCGAAUUGCAAGACGAUCGUACGGUACAUGCUUGAUGACGAAAUACGAUAUGAUGAAACACAACCCCAAAGAAGCGUUCUGGUCGGAAAAGGAGCAAGAAACAGUCGUCUCAGAAAUGUGUUGGUUUAUUCAGAAGGGUGAGUCCUACCCAGAAGGCAAACCGUCGCGGAUAGAAUACCAAUGCGAUCUCCCGGUAAUGCUUGGCCAUGUGCCACAAACCGAGAUCGAUAUUUACAGCAACAAUAAUGACGGAAAAGCUCCCGUCCAUCUCGAUGAAACUACGCAGCACAUCGGAACGCUCUCACUUGACCUAAGAAAGAUCCCAGAAACAGUCAAAAGAACCGCGAAGAUCAGACGUAUGGGUUGGCAUCGGUACUAUUGUUUGAAAGGGGCUAUCGAAGCCGUGUACGGGUCAGCGGAGAUCACGUACACAGUCAAACUUGGAGUGUUCGCUAUGAACGUUAAGCUCGAAAGACAAGUUCCGAAGUCAGACAAGAGUAAAGGGGGGGAGAUGAAUCCAGCCGCACCCAAAGAUGCUGCAUGCAUCAUGGCGGCCAAUCUGCAUUUAAGGGCGGCUGUACCGGAUCAUGGGCAACCGGCCGGUAAAUUUGCCGCUGGCCCUCCUCCCUCAACCUUAGCUGCGCAGCUUGUGGAGAAUAUUUCAGCAUCCACGAAAUCCUCCAAAUCAGAUGAGAACAGUGAACUCAAAGGCUUCUUUGCUAUUAUUCAACGCGUCAAAGAUGACCCGACUCUUCUCAAGACGCCAGAGGACCGAGUUGAGCAUAAUCAUAUGCUUAUUUACGUUUACUCGAGAGCUGUUCUUGAAGGAAUUCGAUUAGAUGACCCAUUUCUUGACCGGACACAAGUACGGACAGAAGGCCUCAAGGCCAUCAGUUUUCUCAGGUUCUCUAUCAAAGAAACUCCGGCAGUUCUGAAACAUAGAGUGGGUGAGCAAGAGUACAUGUUCCGAGGGCGGGAGCCAUUAUGGGUUUGGCUUCUUCCUCAGCUGCUUAGACUUCUUGGCCAUUCCCAGUGCCUUGAACUCACAGAAGCAAUUGAAGGCUUCCUCCAGUAUACAAUGCUAAUAAUAGCACAAAACUGGACUCUGUGGGAUAUGGCGCCAUCAUUCUUAUUCUAUCUGCGUACCAUCACAUCUCAUACCCUUCAACAGCUUCAAGACCCUCUAGUAGUUCCAUCUGUGGAAGAAAGUUUCAAGUCACUUUCUCUACCUCCUCAAAUUGCUCUCAGCCAAUUCGUCGACAAGCAGUCGCCCUUCACAAGCCAGCUUACAUAUUCUGUUGACCGAAUGUCGCAAGCGCUGCAACAACUGAUCAGCUUUUGCAAAGUGGCGGCCUAUCCUCUGACAGCUUCAGAUGAUGCCUUUAAUAACGUUACCUCCUUCUCAGAGAGUACGGUAUGGUUGAUUGAUGUCCUAGGGGACAUGCGGGUUAUCCAGACCCGGUACGGUAGCAACUUUCCUGCCUCUUCGCUUCAUGUUCUCCAACUGGCUCAAGAAAUCGAGCGAGCACUACGGAGAAGAAAAGGCAUCAGCGCUUCUGUUCACAAGAAGGCCAUCACUCUCAUGAUAUUGCUUUGUGGUGAGAUCGCGACAAGCCUCAAUCCCAUGCCGAUGCUAGACAUUGAUGAGGAAACGCGGCAUACAUACUGUAUGGCUCUAGCUAUAAUAACAGCAGCAUCUACUGAAAAUACGUCAAUUGGCCGGUUAGCGGUUUCCGGCAUUGUAGAUGAGUCUUCAAUGUUUUAUACAUCCCUGCCUGAAGGAACAGAUCUGUGGAGGGUGAUACAGACUUUAAGACAGAUCAAUUUCGAUCCCAGGCCAAAGCUGCUCUCCUCAAACCUACAUCCACUGAGUUUUGAGGAUUCUGCAGUGCAAGAGAUAAUCGAGACCUUGGCGCUGAGCUACGAGCCUCCCGAAACAAGUUCACAAGACCGUCUUAAACGCCGAAAAAUAGCACAGGCAGACUCUAGCCCCACGGCGGUCCUCAUGAGACUUUUGGGUGACGUUCUAGGGCUUGCAGAUGUGGACGAUGAUUUUCUUAAUCUUGAGAAUCAAGUAUUGGGAGCCUUUCCAAAGGCUGACACAUCACGUCAAUGUCUCAUACUUGAUUUGCUAUCGCGGAUAUCUUGCGUGGCCGAUGGUGGCAACGAGACAGUCAAUGAUACAAAAGCAGCAGUGACAGAAACAGCCUGCUCCAUUUGUGAACAUAAUGCACCUCCAGUUCGAUCAAACCUUCAUGGAGCAACCGUGCAUAAAUCCCGAAUCGAGGCACUCUUUACCAAACUGAUCCGACUCCCCGCCCUUGCUGAAUCUCGGCGUCCAAGGGUUGCUGCCAUGUUGGCUAUAAGGAGAGUGAUUCUUCAUUGUGAGGAUACCGAAUUACUUAAUCUGGAAACGUCUGGGAUGGGCCAGUGGUGUCUUCAGUCCUUAAACAGCUCUGUGAGGGAGCUGCGGAUAGCUGCCGGGCGUGUUCUAGCCACCUUCUCUUUGGCUAGGCCAGAGCCAAUUCUUUCCAACAUGGUUCUUCCGGCUCGACCAGCAGAAGCCAAUGGUGCUAGGAACCCACGAGUGAAUCAGGCUCAAGCGGCCUCCACAGAUGGCAAAUUCCAGACAAAUGCAUCAAAUGGAUCUUCUCCCAUGAAAACGCAAGAUUUGAUCUCGCGCAAUAGAAAAAACUCGAUUGCUUUCCUGAAAUCAAUCUCAGAUAAGAACCAGCCUAAUUUAACUGAAACGUUUAUUAUGGCAUGGGGUCAAUUGGGAACGGUGGUCUGGGAACACGAACUCAACUUGGUUCUCAUCAAGCUUUUGGAGUACUUGGGAAGCAACAACAAUAUCGUGUCAGCUUGCGCCUUCAAUGAGCUAUUGAAUCUAGCUGAUGCUCGUCGAGUAACCCCACGUAGGCUUUUCGAGCCUUUUUGGCCAAACCUAGCAUACAUGACCACCAAGGACAUGGUCCAACGCCCUCAAAUGAGCCGGACAAUUGCUGAAUUGCUACAAGUGUCUGUCAACGAGUUACUCCUCCUGAUUCAAACGCACGCACUGCCGUGGCUUGUGCUUGACAAGCAAAAAGACGUUAUCCAAAAGAUUGCGGAGGCACGGCAGGAGUCCGAGGUUUGGCUACCAUUAAUCGACCCUGCGAACCUAGCCGCAACCCUGGCCUUGCUCUUGGUUCAAGAUACAGACGAUAUCGCUAGUUUCGCAAAAUCUCGCCUCGAUGAGUUAUCGACACAUUUUCAAACAGAGCCCCUCGUCAACCUGCUUCAAGUGGAACCAGUGCUCACCGUCAUAGAGUUACUUAAAGCUGCCGGCGACGCAGAUGAAACAAAAAAGGCACCAGUCCGCAAAGCUUUAGACACUAUGGCGAAAAUGAUGAUCCCAGCAAACAAAGAAACCCGAGCUAAGAAGUCGGACCACACUGCUCGGUUUAUUCAUUCACAACUUCUUGGCCUCAUGGCAUGUCUCUUCGAUGUCAUCAAUGACCAGAGCCUUCCUGACCCAGAGCGUCGGCGCUACAUUCGGGCCAUGGAGGAAAUGAUCAGGGUGUCGAGGGGCUAUGCAAGCACAGCCAGACCGCAAAUGUCUGCUUGUUUGCUCUCGACACUGGCACAAGAUGCGCUGAGAGAAGCAAGUUUCUCAUGUUGGGCAUCGAUGCUCACACACCUUGAGGAGACAGAUGUCGAGGCAUUAUUAGAAACAACAUUUUUCGUCGUUACCCGUUACUGGCCCUUCUUGAGCGAGUCAACGGCUCUUCUAGCGCAGCAAAUGCUCAAGUCUCUCGUCGAUGAAUUUGAUCCCCUUGUUGCGAAGUACAUCGUCAAGCUCCCUUCGCUCAGACACAUUCCAGAGUUGAGGGACAUCGAGACAAAGCUGGAUCAGCAUAGACCAGCAACACUCGCGGUUGAAGAGGUUUUGGAAGCUUUCGCCGAGAGAAUCUGCCAUGAAAACUCCGGUGUUGCCCUUCAAGCAUUGACAGAAUUGAUACCAUACCUUCAGGAAAACCAAGCGCUGCUUCAUACAUCUGAGAUUAGUCUACAGUCAGAUAUUGGCGUUGUCGCACUUAUGCGGUCGCUUCUGGAUUGUGCAAGUAAAUACAGCGGCUUUCCAGGAGAUAUAGCGCGCCUAUGCACAGAAGCAAUGGGCUUGAUAGGCUGCCUGGAUCCCAGUAAGAUCGAGACUGUUAGAGAACAACGAUCAAUAGUCAUAUUGAACAAUUUUGCGACGAAUGAAGAAACUACGGACUUCGUUCUGUUUCUUCUGGAAGAGGCCCUGGUGCCAGCAUUCUUAUCUACGACUGAUGUUAAGUUCCAGGGAUUCUUGUCUUUUGCUAUGCAGGAACUCAUGGGCAGGUGCGAUAUCAAAGCUGCAUGUGCCAUGGAAAACUCGGGGAUGAAAGGUGGAAACGACAUCUAUCGAAAAUGGGUUGCAAUGCCAGAAACUGUUCGGGAAGUGGUAGCACCUUUUCUAGCCUCCCGGUAUGUCGUUGCUCCAAUGCCACACACCGAGAUCGAGUAUCCGCUCUUUCGUCCUGGCAGACCUUAUCCGAGUUGGCUGAGAGUUUACGUUCUGGACCUUCUACGUAAGGGGCAGACGCCAUUUGCCGACUUGAUAUUCGAGCCUCUGGCGCGUGUCAUUCGCGUUAAAGAUCUCUCUAUUGCAGAGUUCAUCCUUCCCUAUAUAGUCCUGCAUACUCUUUUAGGGUCUCGGACUACACAGCAAGAAAGGGACGAUAUUCUCGGGGAACUUCUUGCUAUCUUGCAAUAUCAGCCUGCUGAGACGGCAUCGUAUCAGGAGAAGGAGGAUACGCGGCGAUACUGUCAUCUUGUAUUUCGCGUUGUAGACUAUGCAAUGAGAUGGAUGCAAACUAGGCGAGCAGCUGGUCGCCUCACUGAAACUGACAGGGAGAGGCUAGCUCAAGUGCAGGAGGCUCUCGAUCUGAUUCCAGCCGAACUCAUAGCACAAAGGGCUGUCGAUUGUAAUGAAUACGCACGUGCUCUUUUUCAUUUAGAGCAACAUGCCCACAAAAUGGAACAGAGGAAGAAAGAACCAGGGGAGCGUACCUGUCUCUUACAAAAACUUCAAGAUAUCUAUGCCAAUGUCGAUGAGCCUGAUGGUCUUGAUGGAAUUUCAGCUCAUUUACAAGUUCUUGACAUCAACCAACAGAUUCUGAGCCAUCGCAAAGCAGGCAGGUGGACUGCUGUUCAGAACUGGUACGAGAUGCAACUCGCUGAGAACCCUGUCAACACAGAUAUCCAGAUCGACUUGCUUCAUUGCCUGAAGCAGGCUGGUCAGCACGAGGGGUUAUUGAAUCACAUCGAGGGUAUGCAUACAGAUGCAUCUACGGACAACAAGAUCAUGCCUUAUGCAGUAGAGGCGGCAUGGGUUACAGGAAGGUGGGAGAGCCUUACCAAAUUCACUCAACGAUUUCGCGGCGACCCUAUUGAAGACUUCAACAUCUCGAUCGCGACCCUUUUCGAAAAGCUGAGGGCUAAAGACAAGCCUAAAGAGCUCAUUAAGAUAAUGAAGGAUAUAAGAGUCAAAAUUUCAUCAUCGAUGAACGCUGCAUCCACCUCUUCGCUACAAGCCUGUCAUGACCUCCUUCUUAAGUCACAUGUUCUUACGGACGUGGAAAUCAUAAUAGGAACAAAAGCGGGUGACGAAGUCGCCCGCCAAAAGACAGCAGCCCUGCUAGAAAGGAGACUCGAAAUUAUAGGUGCAUACAUGAACGACAAGCAAUAUCUUCUUGGUAUUCGCCGUGCCACCAUGGAGUUAACUAGACCUACAUUCACUGACCUAGACAUUUCUGGAUUAUGGCUCUCGAGUUCACGCCUUGCACGGAAGUCGAACUCGCUUCAUCAGUCUUUUAACGCUAUUCUACACGCUUCGAAGCUGGGCGAUGAUGCGGCUACUAUUGAGAAUGCCAAGCUUCUUUGGAGAGAAGAUCAGCACCGAAAGGCAAUACAGGUUUUGCAGGGAGCAAUUAAGAGCAACAAGUUCAUGACACAAACAGGGACAGCAACCAGCACAAGUUCAAGCAAGUUAAGCCCACAACAGAAGCUCUUGACGGCUAGGGCGCAGCUGCUGCUUGCCAAAUGGCUUGAUAGCGCUGGGCAGACGCACGCCGGUGCAUUGCGUGAAAAAUAUCAGCAGCCACCCAAGACCUUCUCGACUUGGGAAAAGGGACAUUAUUACCUUGGCCGUCACUACAAGAAGAUCCUCGAAGCUGAAAAGCCGCUCAAAGCCGAUGACCAGAGCGACAACUACAUCACCGGUGAAGUCGCUAGACUCGUCAUCGAGAACUAUGUCCGUUCACUUAACUCGGGCACCAAAUAUCUUUACCAGACUCUCCCACGAAUUUUGACUCUCUGGCUUGACCUUGGUGCCCAAGUAGACAGAGCACCAGAAGGGAAAGCAUCGCUAUCUCGCGAGCUCCACCGAAGACGCGUUGAGCAGCUCAAUCUUUUGCACUCUUUUCUUGACAAAUACAUCCAUAGGCUGCCGGCGUACAUCUUUUAUACAGCUUUGCCACAGAUUGUUGCACGCAUCGCCCACCCCAACUCGAACGUUUUCGACCGGCUGACACAUAUCAUUGCCAAGGUCGUGGAAGCUCAUCCUCGGCAAGCGCUUUGGAGCCUUAUUGGCAUCAUGACAACAAGACAAGUGUCGGAAAGAAAGGCACGAGGCACUCAGAUCCUUCAGACUCUCAGGAAUAUAUCGAAGAAAGUUGAGGGCUCUACGACCGAUUUCAAACACCUGCUCAGGAUGGGAGAGAAAUUAGCCGAACAGCUGCUUCUUGCAUGCCAAAACGGAGACUUCCGGGGCAACAAGACUGUUCAUGCCAGCCUGGGUAGAGAUCUUCGAUUCAAUCAUAAAUGUACUCCAUGUCCGUUGGUCGUGCCUGUCGAGAGCUCUUUGACGGCAACGUUGCCGGCUGUAUCAGAGUAUGUUAAAAAACACAAGGCAUUUUCUAGAGAUGUUGUUACGAUUGACUCCUUUCUGGAUGAUGUGCUCGUGCUGAGCUCGCUGGCUAAGCCAAGACGACUUACAACACGAGGGAGUGAUGGCAAAAGCUACAUGCUUCUCAUCAAACCCAAGGACGACUUGCGAACUGACCAGCGUCUUAUGGAAUUCAAUGGAUUGAUCAAUCGGUCGUUGAAACGAGAUGCGGAAUCCAGCCGGAGACAGCUUUACAUUCGAACAUAUGCUGUAACGCCACUCAAUGAAGAGUGCGGAAUCAUUGAAUGGGUUCCAGGAAUCAAAACUAUGCGAGACAUUCUCAUCAAUCUUUAUGCUUCCCGAAAGAUUUACCCCGACUACACCGUUCUGAAACAACUCAUGGAUGAAGCAUGUUUAUCAGACGGCAAAACCAGGAUAUUUACUGAUGAGGUCCUGGGGAGAUUUCCUCCGGUACUUCAGUUGUGGUUCACGCAACAGUUCCCUAGUCCGUCAGCGUGGUUUGCUGCGCGUUUAAAAUACACACGGUCGUGUGCUGUCAUGUCAAUGGUAGGCACCAUCCUAGGCCUUGGCGAUAGACAUGGUGAGAACGUGAAUUUGGAGGAGGGCAAUGGUGGAGUAUUUCACGUCGAUUUCAAUUGUCUCUUCGACAAGGGUCUAACAUUUGCCAAACCUGAAAGAGUGCCGUUCCGACUUACCCACAACAUGGUGGCUGCGAUGGGUAUAUACGGUUACGAAGGACCAUUUCGCAAGUCUUGCGAGCUGACUCUGAGCAUUCUUCGUCAGCAAGAGGAGACUCUGAUGACAAUUCUAGAGGCUUUCAUCUACGACCCAACGUUGGAUCUACAAAAGGAGAAACGAGCACAUCGGCGAGGAGAUGUGGGCGUCAAGCUGCAGCCUCAGAGCGUUGUAGACAGUAUCAAGCGCAAAGUCAGGGGUUUGCUUCCAACUGAAAGCAUUCCUUUGGGCGUUGAAGGCCAGGUGGAGGAAUUGAUCAAACAAGCGGUUGAUCCAAGAAAUUUGGCUGCAAUGUAUAUAGGCUGGUGUCCGUUCCUGUAA